AUGCUGGAGUACAACCAGAUGGAGGCGUACAAUAGGCGCGCUCCCGAACAUUGGGACGAGAGGGACUGGGACUUCGACUUCGUGCCAGAUGGCCCACCCCUGACCGUCAUCGGGUCGGACCUGGGAAUCCCUUCUUGGCCUGUAGAAACGAGGGUUGGGCAAUCCAACCCGUCCCCGACCUGUAGUCGUCUCGGACACGCGCGGGAGGGAACAUUCAGCUCGUUCCCCUCUUCCUCCCUCUUCCUCCCCCGAUCCCGCCGCCGCCGCCGCCCUCCAGCCCCGCCGCGCCCCGCCUCCGCCGCACCCCCGCCUCCUCCGCCCCGCCUCCGCCGCGUCCCGGCCUCCUCCGCUCGGCCCUCCUCCGCCUGCCCCGCCGUGCCCCCGCCCCUCCUCCCGCCCCGCCCUCUCCUCCCGCUCGGCCCUCCUCCCACUCGGCCCUCCCGCCGCCCCGCCCUCCUCCCGCCCCCGACCUCCUCCCGCUCGGCCCUCCGCCGCCUCCCCGCCGCCGCCGCGUCCCGGCCUCCUCCGCCUACCGCCGCGUCCCGGCCUCCUCCGCCUGCCCCGCCGCGCCCCGGCCUCCGCCGCAUCGGCUCCUAG